UGUUACCAUAUAAUUUCCAUCAGAUUCAUCAACAACAUGGAACCUAGAAAUGAAACAGUCAUUAUAGAAUUUCUUCUCAUGGAAGUGACAGAGAAUCCAGAACUGCAGUCCCUCAUCUUCAUCCUGUUCCUAUUCAUGUACCUGGUCACUGUCCUGGGAAACCUGCUCAUCAUCCUGGCUGUCAUCUCUGACUCCCAUCUUCAUAUCCCCAUGUACUUCUUUCUUUUUAUUCUGUCAUUUACUGACAUCUGUUUAAGUACAACCACAAUCCCAAAGAUACUGGUGAAUAUCCAUACACAGAACCAGAGCAUCACUUAUGCAGGCUGCCUCACACAGAUCUGCUUUGUCAUGGUUUUUGCAAGUUUGGAUAGUUGUAUUCUUUCAGUAAUGGCCUAUGAUCGCUAUGUGGCCAUCUGUCAUCCACUGAGGUACACAGUCAUCAUGAACUCCCACCUCUGUGGCCUCUUGAUUCUUCUCUCCCUGUUUAUUAGCAUUGUGGAUGCCUUGAUACACAAUCUGAUGGUGUUGCAUCUGUCCUUCUGCACAGAACUCGAAAUCCCUCUCUUCUUCUGUGAAGUUAUUCAGGUUAUCAAGAUCGCAUGUUCUGACACCCUCAUCAAUAACAUCCUGAUAUAUUUUGCAACCAGCAUAUUUGGUGGUAUUCCUCUGUGUGGAAUCAUUUUCUCUUACACUCAGGUAGUGUCUUCAGUUUUGAGAAUGCCAUCAGCAGGUACGAAGUAUAAAGCUUUUUCUACCUGUGGGUCUCACCUGUCAGUUGUGUCUUUGUUCUAUGGGACAGCUUUUGGGGUGUACAUUAGUUCUGCUCUCACUAGUUCUUCCAGAAACACUGCAGUGGUUUCAAUGAUGUACACUGUUGUCCCUCAAAUGAUGAACCCCUUCAUCUACAGCCUGAGGAACAGGGACAUGAAGGGAGCCUUGAGGAAACUCAUAAGUAGAAUGCCUUCUCUUCUGUGA